CUUCCAUUCCCCUUGAGCAGACUAUGAGCUACUUAUGUUCACUGAUGUCCCACGGACAUUGAAUACUUUGCCCUCCCUUCAACAACAACAAUCUUCCAAUUUUCACUACCUACCCUUCUAGGUAGCCAAUUAACGCAAGCAUGAAUUCCGGCAACUGGGAAGGCCACGCUUUGGGUUAUACAACUGUCGAGAUGCUGCUGGACGACGUAUCGAAACAAAUGGCUUCAUCAAAUAUUUCCCGGUACUCUCGAGGAUCGGCAGGACAGAAGACAGGAGGAGGAUCGAUGAGAAUCGUCAAGCCGAACAGUGCCAGCAAUAGCCCAAGAGGCUCAGCAGGACUAGGAAGACGGAGGACAGUCAUGACCGAUGGGGCAUAUCGGCGGAGGCUUGCAAUGAUCGACCAGAAUGUUGCUGCUGGAGGAUAUACCCCGAACGAAGGCCUUCAACUUCCUGCAUAUACCACUCGACCUGUCAGCUGGCAUCCAAGUUCGCAUCUCGCUCCCCAACCAAACUACCAAGGAGCCUAUCCAGUCCCUGCACCGGAACUCAACCACCAGUUCCAGAUAUAUGACCUUCCACCAACUCCAGCCGUAUACUCGGGAUAUACUUCACCCUCCUCAACUUUCUCCCCAUUAUCAUUGCCAUAUACGGGAUACGAACAAGCGGAGCAGCAAACUUCCUAUCCCAACCAAUCGAACUCAUACCAGCCGAACACCAAUUAUAAUAUCAAUCAGACACCUUAUCUUGAACAACCGGCACAAAAUUUCGUGCCACAAUCGACAUCGAACGUGGAUUCAUCCAUGUACUCCCACUUUGACUGGAACAACUUCGCAGCGAACGGGUUCGAAAAUUCGUCGACAGCACCUCCAACCCCUGAGAACUUCUUACCUAUACAACAUCCAGAACCAACCUUUCCAGCAGAAGAGUCCAUUCCAUACCAUCCUCUUUCAGACUCUGAUGAUGGCGAGGAGCUGAUCGGAAUGGGAUUAUACGACACUCCCGAACCAGCGAAAGCUCCCUCGUCAGAUCCGCAGCUGGACAACUAUCGAACUCUCAUGAUGUCACACCUUCUUGGGGCGGGUCGUCGGGUCGAACCCACUGGAAAGGGUUUGAAACUUGAGGAAACAUGGAACCCACCGCCGAGCGAUGAUGAGGACGAAUGAAGAGAUGUUAUUUUUACAAUAGUUUAGCAUGGCGUUUGGCAGACAGCAUCGGGAUGGAUACCACUGGGACUAUGGGACGGUGCAUUAUGUCGCCGGCGUGCGUCUCAUGGCAUGUCUCAGUUGAGCAAAGACUCAAAGAGUGUACUACAAAUACAAUGUAUCAAACAACAAUAAGGAAGGCACAACGGAUCAUGAUCUCGACCACCAUUCCAAUUCUGAAUUAUCUCACAUUAAUACUUCCCAUGAGUAUCAAGAAUGACAAGCUACGCCAUGUCUCGCCAAGGCCUUCUCAAGUACAUUCCAACGUUGUCUCAUUCCUCUGGAAUCCGAUUCAGAUCAGCCUCUCGUGACUGCUUUUCCUCUCUUGCAUUUAAGGUUCGUCGCUUCGCCAAAGAGUCGC